CAUAGCCAUCCUAAAGAAGAAGGGUUUAUACCCGUCUCUUUGUUACUAAAGAAAACCAGAGACAGAGAGAACACCCGCACGCACAGAAAGCAAAAACCAAACGAAUCAGAGACACUGAAAGUGAGUGAGUGAGGGAGAGAGGAUGGAGCUUGCAAUAAAAAACCCUAUUGCCCUAACAACACAAAACUUCUUAAAACCAAAACCAAAACCAAAACCAAAGGUGAAAUCUUUGAGAGUUUUCAGUGUUAAAUGCACAGCUUCUCUUUCUUCCUUGGAUGGUGCUGCCACUGGAGUGGUGGAAAGGCCUUGGAAAACUUCAGAUGCUAGAUUAGUACUUGAAGAUGGUUCAGUUUGGAGGGCAAAGUCAUUUGGUGCUAGAGGAACUCAAGUUGGUGAAGUUGUCUUCAAUACUUCUUUGACAGGGUAUCAAGAAAUCCUUACGGAUCCUAGUUAUGCAGGGCAGUUUGUUCUUAUGACAAACCCACAUAUUGGGAACACUGGGGUAAAUUUUGAUGAUGAGGAAUCAAGGCAGUGUUUCCUUGCUGGUCUUGUAAUCAGAAGCUUAAGUAUCAGCACAUCAAAUUGGAGGUGCACCAAAGCCCUUGGUGAUUACUUGCUAGAAAGGAACAUCAUGGGAAUAUAUGAUGUUGACACCCGUGCAAUAACCCGCAGAUUGAGGCAAGAUGGAAGCCUUGUUGGUGUUCUAACCACUGAAGAAUCGAAGACAGAUGAGGAACUUUUGGAAAUGUCUCGCUCAUGGGACAUUGUAGGAAUUGAUUUGAUAAGUGGUGUCACUUGCACUGCCCCUUAUGAAUGGGUUGACAAAACAGAUCCAGAGUGGGACUUUAACUGCGAGGGAAGAGGAGAGAUUUACCAUGUCAUUGCAUAUGAUUUUGGGAUCAAGCAUAAUAUACCCAGACGCUUAUCAUCUUAUGGAUGUAAAAUCACCGUGGUCCCUUCAAAUUGGCCAGCAUCAGAAACGCUAAAGAUGAAACCAGAUGGAGUUCUUUUCAGCAAUGGACCUGGAGACCCUUCUGCAGUUCCUUACGCUGUUAAAACAGUCAAAGAAUUGCUGGGAAAGGUCCCUGUUUUUGGAAUUUGUAUGGGCCAUCAGUUGCUUGGCCAGGCAUUAGGUGGUAAAACCUUUAAGAUGAAGUUUGGCCACCAUGGAGGAAAUCAUCCUGUUCGUAACCUUGUUGCAAACCGUGUAGAGAUCAGUGCCCAGAAUCACAACUAUGCAGUUGACCCUGCAUCACUUCCCAAAGGUGUGGAAGUGACACACAUUAAUCUUAAUGAUGGAAGCUGUGCUGGUCUUGCUUUUCCGGCGCUAAAUGUCAUGUCUCUUCAAUAUCACCCAGAGGCAUCACCAGGACCUCAUGAUUCAGAUUCUGUUUUUGGAGAAUUUAUCGAGUUAAUGAAGAAAGUCAAACAAAAGGCAUAAGCAGAAAUAUCUGUUAACUGUAAAGAAAAGGAGGUUCAAUGAUCUGGGCUACACAAUGGAUAGUUUAAUAGUCUUUUCCCGAUUUCUAAAGAGAAAUGAAGGGCAUGAAAAUCUUUAUAAUGAAAUCAACACGAACAGAGAGAACACGCGUGCUUGUAAUUUAUGCAAUUUUCUGGUAAUUAAUUUAAUGUCUCUGUUGUUAAAAA